CCCAAAACAAAACCCCAUUUCUAAAUUCGCUCCCAUCUCGCUGGUCGCCGGCCAAACUCCAUUGAAAACCGCAAUGGCCGCCGCCGCCGCCGCUGCUGCUCAUAAGAAAGCCUUUAAGUUUCGGUCGGUUACAACUUGCUCCGGCACGGAGUACGAGUCGAUCGCUGCCGAUCUCGACGGAACGCUACUGAUUUCGAGUAGUUCUUUCCCGUACUUCAUGCUGGUGGCGAUUGAAGCCGGUAGCCUUCUUCGUGGACUCAUUCUGUUGCUUUCGCUUCCGAUUAUAAUAAUCGCUUACUUGUUCGUGUCUGAAGCCAUUGGAAUUCAGAUCCUCAUCUUCAUCUCCUACGCUGGCCUAAAAGUCCGAGAUAUCGAACUCGCCUCCCGCGCUGUCUUGCCUAGGUUUUACGCGUCGGACGUGAGAGCGGAGAGUUUUGAAGUGUUCAACAAAUGUAAGAGAAAAGUUGUGGUGACGGCGAAUCCGACGAUUAUGGUGGAGCCAUUUGUUAAGGAUUUUCUCGGCGGAGACAAAGUUUUAGGCACAGAAAUUGAGGUCAACCCUAAGACCAAGAAGGCCACCGGAUUCGUCAAGAAACCUGGAGUUCUGGUCGGAAAAUUGAAGAGAUUGGCUAUUUUGAAGGAGUUCGGUGAAACUUCGCCGGAUCUUGGCAUUGGCGAUCGCGAUUCCGAUCACGAUUUCAUGUCCAUUUGCAAGGAGGGGUAUAUGGUGCCCCGUAGCAAAUCAGCUAAGCCAGUUCCAUUAGAUCAACUGAAAAGCAAGAUCAUCUUCCAUGACGGGCGCCUCGUCCAGCGCCCCACCCCCCUGAAUUCUCUCAUCACCUUCAUAUGGAUCCCCUUCGGCUUUAUCCUCUCCCUGAUCCGUGUCUACUUCAAUCUCCCCCUCCCAGAGCGAAUCGUCCGCUUCACCUACGAGCUCCUUGGCAUCCGUCUCCGCAUCCGUGGCAACCCUCCUCCUCCCCCAUCCCCCGGAACCCCAGGCAACCUCUACGUCUGCAACCACCGCACUGCCCUUGACCCCAUUGUCAUUGCCAUUGCCCUUCGCCGCAAGGUCUCCUGCGUCACCUACAGCGUCUCCCGCCUCUCCCGUAUGCUCUCCCCCAUCCCUGCCAUUGCCCUCACCCGCGACCGUGCUGCUGAUGCUGCCCGCAUUACCGAGCUUCUCCAACAUGGCGACCUCGUCGUCUGCCCUGAGGGCACGACAUGUCGCGAGCCGUUUCUCCUGCGCUUCAGCGCCCUGUUUGCAGAGAUGAGUGAUAGAAUUGUCCCAGUCGCAGUGGACUGCAAGCAGAAUAUGUUCUAUGGGACGACGGUGAGGGGAGUGAAGUUCUGGGACCCGUAUUUCUUCUUCAUGAACCCGAGACCGGUGUACGAGGUGACGUUCCUUGACCGGUUGCCGGUGGAGAUGACGUGCAAGGGCGGAGGGAAGACGGCGAUCGAGGUGGCGAAUAAUGUGCAGAGGAUGCUAGGCAGCGUGUUAGGGUUCGAAUGCACGACGCUAACGAGGAAGGACAAAUACAUGUUGCUGGGAGGGAAUGAUGGGAAGGUGGAGUCUAUGUACAAUGCCAAGAAGUAAUUAAUAUGUGUAACAAAUUACAAUUUGAUUUGGAUGUGUGUCAAUUAGGUUUUGAAGUGAAAUAUGGACAAUUCAACUAAUGCUCGUCGGAUUUUGGUUAAGAAAAACACUCAUUGUAUUGUAGGUGAUAUGUUUUUGUAGUAAAAGUUGGUCAAGAAUUACAUAAUUAUAUGAUGCUUCUUGGGUGUGUA